CUUUUCAACUGCCAUGCCAUUCAUGACUGUGAAUUCAAGUAAGUAAUGGUUCUCAUUGGGAAUGAUGGAUUGAUGAUGCGAAACCAUGGGGUGAGAACACCUGCGAGCCCGAACUCCAUGUGUGUGUUCAUGAUGGUAGACUCCAAGCUACAGCUGUAUCUCCUGGCAACAGAGAAUGCCAUCUCGCCUCGAAGAGAAAGAGUAGGUGAUAUGCCCCGACUCAACCACCAAAAUCCUUCCAGCCCAGCCCGAGAUGCCGCAAUGCCGCGGAACACUCAUCGAGGAGCGCUUCUGUGGAGAACACACGGCUGGGCGGAUGCGGGGACGGGACAGAAAGGGGCCCUGGGGGCUUGGCCCCACUCCGAGAGUUCCGGCCGGACCCCGAGGUUCCCGUAGUGACGCUGACCCGUGCGUGCGCGCUGAGUAAGCAGGCUUCGCCUUGGCCUUUCUGCCUUUUGCGCGCUGGGCGUCAUGCCCGAGUAUUCAUCCCCCUCAAAUAUCAUCAAAACAACAGAUAAGAGACGAAAACGGUUCAAGGUAUGAGAUGGCCGAUGCAUCACCUGCUUUCACGCGGGGAAUCUCACUCCGGAGCAUCAUCGUCUUGCUCAUCGGCCUUUCCGCAUGCUCCACCCGGGCGGAGCGGGAAACCGCCGAUCUCAGGUGUCCCGACUACGUCACCCGGCACGCACCCCUCGUCUGGCUGCAUUCCUAUGACCGGUAUAUGCCCAGCGAUCUCUUGACGCACAUCCACCACACAUCACCGGCGCUCGACGGGAGGCAAAUCCCAGAUCUCCCGGCCCUCGACCUGGACAACCUGGAGAUUCUCAAUCCGUUCGGCGAUGAGGUGGCUCUCACGUCCAACGACGACCCUACCACCUAUCCACCAUGGCUCCUGGGCGCUUCCCCCGACGCGGAUGGCAGGAUUCACAAUGCCACGCCCUGCGUUGUGAUCCUUGUGGAGAAGGGCGAGCGCGACCUUGACGCAUUUUAUUUUUACUUCUACUCGUACAACGAAGGUCCAAACGUCACUCAGGUUCUGGAGCCGUUCGACAGGUUGGUCAACGGCGGGAAGGCGGCAUCAGGGAUGCACUUUGGGGACCACAUCGGUGACUGGGAGCACAACAUGAUUCGCUUCCGAGACGGAAAGCCUACUGGCAUGUACUUUAGCCAACACGUCGAUGGCGAGUCGUACGGCUGGGAUGACGCGAAGCUGAGCAAGGUCGAUGGGCGGCCGAUCGUGUACAGCGCGUGCGGUUCACACGCAAACUAUCCGACACCCGGAGACCAAAUUCACAACGCGGUGCUGAUAGACUACUGCGACGAGGGCAAGAGGUGGGACCCCGUCCUCUCGGCCUACUUCUACCGCUUCGACGCCGACUCCUUCACCCUGACGAGGCUAGAUCCCCCCGAUGAAUCGUACCCCACGCCGCCACCGCCCUCGAACCUGACGUCCUUCUUCUACUACUCGGGCCGCUGGGGCGACGCGUCGUACCCCGAUUCCGACCCUCGGCAGGAGACCGUGCCGAGGUUCAAGCUCAGACGGUUCCAGACCGGGCCCACCGGCCCACGGCACAAGCACCUCGUCCGCAAGGGCCUGAAGCCGGACCAGAGGCGGAAAAUGGGCUGGAUGGAGUGGGGCGUCGGCGUCUACAUGUCGCUGUACCCGUGCUGCCUGCGAGGGUGGAGGGCGUGGGUGUCGAUGGGUCUGGUGGGCGCGCUAGUGUCGGCGGCUGUCGUUGGCGUGGUCGUGGGUGUUAGACGGUACAGGACGAAGAAGUAUAGACGGUUGCAAGCAGAUGAUAUACCAUUAGACGAUUGGGCAUUAGAGGAUGAUGCGCUGCUGUCGUCGUCCGAGGACGAGGGGAGCCAGAAAGGGCAGAAAUGGUCAUAGAUUAAAGAGGGAAGGAACAAAAAAGCGCGCGGCGCAGUGAAAGGCACAUACUACAUAUCAGCAUCUUGCAAGCCAUGAAACGCUGCCAGAUGCAGUAGUCUCGUUCCCACAGAUUCGGCAAUGCGGAUAAUACCGCUUUCAGGGCCGACUUACGACGACGGCUGCCAGGCAAAAGAGUCAUCCCUGCUGGCAAGAGGGAAGAGGUUUUGGCGAGGACUAAGUAAGUGGAAGAUAGAGAUCAAGGGAGAAGGGGAAACAGACAUAAAUCGCUCGCUGAUAUAUCAUGAAAUCACACAGAC